CUCGGGACAAGAACGGUUGCGUUACUGUUAUUAUGGAUUUAAAGCGGUACUACUAGCUUAGAUUUCACCGUGUUUGUCAACCGUCCGCUCGACUUUCGCGAUGUCAAACGGCCGCUGCUAGCUUUUUGACUGAUGGACGGCCACGCUGGAAAUGGAGAGAGAGUUCGACCUCUGUUGUUAGUUCAAUAGCUUUAGUCCUCCGUUUGUUGUGAGCCAUGAAAAGUGUUUCGGGGGUCAUGGGGCCUCUGGGACGCCUGCUGCUGUCUCUUCUCCUGCUGUCCUGGGAAGGCAAACUGUUUCAGGUUGGGGGGGUCAGAUCAGUCACUCUGCCAGAAUCCCUCCUGUUCGUCUCGACACUGGAUGGUAGUCUGCACGCUGUCUCCAAACAGUCAGGAGACAUCAAGUGGACCCUAAGAGAAGACCCCAUUAUUCAAGUGCCUGUCUACCUCACUGAGCCGGGCUUUCUCCCAGACCCCAACGAUGGCAGUUUGUAUGUCUUGGGUGGGAAGCACAAGGAAGGCCUUAUGAAAUUGCCGUUCACCAUCCCAGAGCUGGUUCAGUCAGCUCCCUGCAGGAGCUCUGAUGGUAUACUCUAUACAGGUAAAAAGCAGGAUGUGUGGUUUGUGGUUGACCCUGAGACAGGUGAGAAACAAACCAGUUUAACCACCUCCUCCUCAGAAUCCAUCUGCCCCAACACUCCUCUGCUCUAUAUUGGACGCACAGAAUAUGUGGUUACCAUGUUUGACACUAAGACACAGGAGCUUCGGUGGAACGCUACGUACAACGAUUACUCCGCUCCACCUUAUGAUGAGAAACAAGAUUACAAGAUGGCCCAUCUUGUGUCGAGUGGCGAUGGUCUUGUUGUGACAGUUGACAGAGAGUCAGGUGACGUCCUGUGGAGUCAGAACUAUGGAUCACCUGUCAUAGGGGUUUACCUGUACUCUGGAGACUCGCUUAGACACGCCCCCCACCUGUCCCUCGCCAUGGAAACGCUCCGCUUCCUCACCUUCUCCUCUGCCAACAACCAGGCAGACGAACACUCUACCUUGAAGUGGAGCUAUCAGUUUGUGAAGGAGCAAGCCAGCGCACAAACACAACUUUUACACACUCUCUAUGUGGGAAAAUUGGACUCCCACCUCUAUGCCUCCACCUCCCUUGUCCACCAUGGAGUCUCAUUAGUGCCUCGUGGACUGACCCUGGCUCGAAUUGAGGGUCCAGUGACGGCUGAAGUGACGGUCAGGGAGCGAGGGGCAUGUGAGAUCACGCCGUCCACUGAUGUGCGCUAUCCACCAGGGAGCACAAACAGCCGCAAAAACCACUGGCUGCUAAUAGGUCAUCACGAGCUCCCUCCAGUAGCUCACACCACCAUGCUGAGGGAUUUCCCAGGCAGCCUGCGACGUUCCGGAGACGCCGUCAUCCCCCCUCGGCCUUCUGCCUCCUCCGCCUCCCCAGCCUCGUACCACCACGAGCGCUAUUUCCAGACAGUUGCUGGUGGCCAUAGCGACACUAAUGCUAAUAGAGAAGGGGAUGAUGGGAGGACAUCAGGACAGAGCCAGAGACCAGUCGCUGUGCUGCCUGUCUAUAUGACUCAGGACCGUCUUACUCUGGCUGUUCUGACGCUGCUGCUGGGAGGAUGGCUGGCAUUCGUUCUCACGUACCCUGUCCGUGCAGCCCAGCAGCUGAAAGCUCAAAGGCAGCUGGAGGAGGCUUUUGAGUCUCGUCUCCAGCUCAUGCAGACCAACAUGCAGACCAACAUGCAGACCAACAUGCAGACAGUGACCUUGGUCUCUUCAGACACAACCCUUUCUACUGACACGAACAUCUCCAGUGACUCUCAUCCAGUAUCUCCUGAGCCUCCACCCAGUCCUCACUCUCACAGCAGCAGCGCCUCAGAUGACAACAUAAAUGGCACCACUGAGCUCAAAGCCACAGCAGGAAACAGUGAGGAGGUGGAGGUGGGUAAAAUCUCCUUCACUCCAUCUGAGGUGCUUGGACACGGCACAGCGGGAACUUUUGUCUUCAGGGGUAAAUUUGAUGGACGUCACGUGGCGGUGAAGCGAGUUCUUCCGGAGUGUUUUGAAGUAGCAGAGCGCGAGGUGCAGCUUCUCCGAGCGUCUGACACACACCCGAACGUCAUCCGAUAUUUCUGCACAGAGAGAGACCGCCUCUUCACUUACAUCGCCAUCGAGCUGUGUGCUGCAACCCUGCAACAGUAUGUGGAAGAUCCCAGUUGCUUUCCUGGUCUGAAUCCUAUAAGUCUGCUGGAACAAACCAUGUGUGGCCUUUCACACCUCCACUCGCUCAAUAUAGUCCAUCGUGACCUGAAGCCCAGAAACAUCCUCCUCUCUGGUCCCAGCGCGCUGGGUCAGGUCCGAGCUCUCAUCUCCGACUUUGGGCUCUGUAAGAAGAUCCCAGACGGUCGGAGCAGCUUCUCUCUGCGGUCAGGAAUACCAGGAACUGAAGGGUGGAUAGCUCCUGAAGUUCUGAGGGAUACUCCUGGCAACAAACCGACAGCAGCGGUGGACGUGUUCUCAGCAGGCUGCGUGUUUUACUUCGUGGUCAGCAGGGGGCAGCACCCUUUUGGUGAUGCAUUGAGACGACAGAUCAACAUCCUGUCAGGAGAAUAUUCACUUGCACAUUUUAUGGAAAAUAUACACGAUGAUGUGAUAGCGCAGGAUCUGAUAGAGCAGAUGAUCAGCACUGAGGCCGAGUCCCGUCCCUCCACCGCCUGCGUGCUCAAACAUCCGUUCUUCUGGAGCCCCGAGAAGCAGCUGCUCUUCUUCCAGGACGUGAGUGACCGCAUAGAGAAGGAGCCAGCUGACAGUCCGAUCGUGGUCAGACUGGAGACUGCAGGAAGAGCAGUGGUUCGAACCAACUGGAGGAUGCAUAUCUCUGUGCCCCUACAGACAGACUUGAGGCGGUUCAGGACAUAUAAAGGAAACUCAGUCAGAGAUCUGCUGAGAGCGAUGAGGAAUAAGAAACAUCACUACCACGAGCUGCCCCCGGAGGUGCAGGAGACUCUCGGCGAGCUGCCCGAAGGCUUUGUCAGCUACUUUACCUCACGGUUUCCACGGUUACUGAUGCACACACACGCUGCCCUGCACAUCUGUAGCCAUGAGAGACUGUUUCACCCCUACUAUCUGUCCCCCAAUGCCAAAUAGCAUUCGCAUGACUCUGCACUCUCCACUCUGUACACACGCAUACAGCCCCAUUAUUGCUUUUGUAAAGCCCAUACUGUUUCAUGGGGGAAGGUACAGUGCUGUGAAAAAGUUUUUAUAUUCCUUGAGUUGUUUUAUAGAUUCAUUUUAUAUUUCUGCAGCUGUUGAUCAAGAAAUUGUAUGAAAAUUUAAUUAUAAAUUUAAUUAAUUUAAUUAUAAAGCGCUGAGCGCAUACCUCCACAAAAGGCUGCAUAUAUAUUUGAAGGAUCCAAGACUGAUACCAGUCCAACGCUGACUCCAAAAGCUGGGACGGAUUUAUUCAGUUCUAUGGUUACAUCUAUGGGGCGUGCAACAUCAUGCACCAGCAGCACGGCAGUCAUAUUUUGCCAAAAUACAACUGAUGUUAGAUAAUGUAACAAACACUAAUGGUUCAAACUAUGAACCACCACAAAAAUGAGAAUAACCGACAUAAACCACCACUGAACAGACACCUAAUAAACACUUAAGGCAUGAUGGGAAAUAAGGGGUCUUCACUACAGUGUGUAAUAGUGUAACGCAAGGUAGGCAUGCCUGUCCUGGACAUGGUGACUGUGUCUCUGCGUCCCCACUAUCUGGGAGUUUCCCUCUGUCAGCUGUGUUUAUGUCCCCCCGGCACUGACAUCAAGGCGACAUUACAGACAAUACUGGUUUCUGCAUAAAUACCACCAUACUAGUCCAAACAAUAAAGACGUAUUCCAACUCCAAACUGUGGAUCACUCCUCAUAUCAAACUGAAGCUGAAAGAGAAGCAUAAAGCUUUCAGGAUCAAAGACUGGGCUGGUCUCAGGACAGCAAACAGCAACAUAAAAAAAAGUUCCUCAAAAGAAAAUUUAAGGACAAACAGGAGCAUUAACUUGGCAACAUGAACACUAACAACUUUCCAAAUAGUGAAAGCUUUGAGUAGAUGUGAACCCAAACACAGUCCAUCAACAUCAACUGACAGAAAGUCAGCAAAAACAGCUCUGGUAUCGAUAUCAGUAUCAGCAGAUUGAGGUAUGGGAAUCAGAUCAGAGCUGAAAAAAUGUGUUUCGGUGCAUCUCUAAUACAUUUGUCAUAUUAAUGAGAGAGAAUGUUUUUAAACUAUAUCUUAAUGUGUAACUCCUUUAGAGUAUACAUGAUGCAGAGUGCGAUAGUUAGCAUGUGUUUCCUCUAAACAAACUCAGGAAAAAAGCUCUUAGGUGAAUUUUCUGAUUCACCUGUGCACCACGAUGCUCCAGGCGCAGGUGAUCCUUUCUUUUCCCAAAGUGCCACCUGAUUUUGUUUUGGGGAAACAAACACAUUACAGUCUUUGAAUGAAGGGCACGGUUGUAGGAAGGGCUUUUUAAUAAGGUGCGGCAGCAAAGGCUGUAAGUGUGUGUUCCAGAUGUCCAGAUGCUGCCUCAGCGGUUCUGCCUGUUGAGGCACCGGUUUGAGCUCCGGGUUGGUUGAUGUGUGGAGAUUCCUUCAUCCUUGCUCUACCUUGCAGUCCUAUUUUGUGCUAUUUUAGCAGUUAAAACAUUACAGAAGAAGAGCAUCUGUUUUUUGUCAAGUGUAAUCAGGUCGUUUACUGGAAUAAAGCAAAAAUGUUACAUUAUGGACAAAAAUGCCCUAAAACAAAUCACCUGUUCCUUGGCCCAUUCCACCUGAUUUCACUGAAAUAUGUUUACAAUUUUGAGAUAUCCUGCUGACAGACAAACGGCAAACAUAACCUGUUUGAAGGUUGUUGGGGUUUUUUUAGAUUAUUUUGUGAGCAGUUUUGCCUUUACUGGAUCGUUAAUAUAGAGAUAUAAUAACACCUUAAAACAACGGCAGAAUGUCACUUAUUUUAUGAAGGUAUUCACUUGAAAUAAAUGAAAAACUGUGCAGCGUGUUCAGGUCUCACACUCCGGUCGUAGCUACAGGUUUAAACUUUAGAAAACUGCUGUUGUAAUAGGAAUUUGAACUUUUGAGCAUUUUAAGCUUAUAAGAAAAGCUUAUAAGCAUGAGCAUAUGAUGGGAGGUGAGUUUCACCUACUCAUAGCUCUGCAGUCCAGAUUAAAUCGCGCCACAAACAGUAGGUGAGAUGCACAAACUUUGUCACAGCACUGUAGUCAACGCAGAGACUGGACAGCAGGUUCCAGGAAAGACGGCUGCAAACUGGAAAAACCAGUUAGUUAAAGAGAUUACUCCCCCCCCUGUCCCUGUUGCUGCUGCGCUUCUCUCAUCUCCUCUGUGGAAAGUGCCAAAGACUGCACACUAUUUACUUUGCUAUUUGUUUUUAUAUACAGCAUUUGAUGUGUUUGUGUGUAUGUGUUCAUUACUGCAUUGCUGAAUGUAGCUACGCUGGCAGAAGAAUGUACUGAGCCUUGUUUUUCACUGAAGUCAGUACAUGGAGCCUACAGUAAUGGUCAGCUAUCAUUGCCACUGUUAAAAUGUGAUUGUUGUGCAUAUGCUGUGUAAAUCACCGGUGUGUGCAGGAAAUAAUGCAACGGCAAUGACACUGACUUUUUUUUUUAAAUUUAAAGUCAUAUUUUGUUUACAAUUUUUUAACAGAAAUCCAUUAUAUUCCCCCACUCCUGAAUGCUGGCAUCGCUUUGAGCUUGUCCAGCACUCACUAAAUGCUCUCAGAUUUGUUUGAAAUCUCUCCCUGUAACUACUGAACGAAGGCUUGUUCAUGGGUCUGCAGUAGAACGAAUGAUGAAGAAUCAAACUUUUGUACUUUUUUUUUGAAUGAGUGAAUUAAAUCGAUGCUUUGGUCGUGCCA